GCAAAACCUAUAAUGAAAAGCUCCAUUUUUAAAGGAGGGGAAACUUCAUCUCUUGGAGAAUCCCCUUUUGAAGGACCGUUGUACAAAUAUGAAGAAAUAGUGCAUGCCCAGGGGAAGUUUUUGGUCACUACCUAUUAUCGUACACCCAUAAAAUUAGAAUUUCCUUUCAAUGGAAAAGAUAUCUCCAUAUCAUUAAAUGAAUUUUCAAAGAACAGUGAUUCAUUGGGAAUCAGUAAAGAAGAAAAAGAGAAAGUCACCAAGACAAUUAACUCUGAAGAAAAUGGUGCUCAAAGUUCUACAAUGGGCCAAAAUAAGGGAAAAGAGCUUUCCAUUGAGGAAAAGGAAAAAAUUUGGCCUGAUGGUCCCCCACGCUUUGAUGAGAAGAAAUAUGGAAUUAAAUUACGCGAUGCCAAUGGUGACAGAACAAUAUUCUACAAAUAUUCCCAUACCCCUUACGUUGUUACAGAGCUCAACUUAAAUCCUUGAACUAUUCUGUUCUCUGAUCAAGGGUGAAUAUUGAUUGGUUGAUUGAAGAUGCCAAUUCUUGGAAAAUAUUACAUCAUGCUUGAUAUUAUCUGCUUUUACAGAAUUUAUUAUCAUAGUCUCCUGUUUCAUUUUUUUGAUUGCUUCUCUCAUGAAAUGAUCAAUUGUUUUCUCAUUUUAUCUGCUGUUUUCUUUUCUUUUCAAUUCUCCUUUGGUCUCCUGUUCCCAUUUUUGUUCCUCCCACAAUUAUUGUCAAGUUUCCUGGAAAUCUUUUCCUGGCUAGUUCAAGUGCUAAUUCUCUUAUUGAAUCUUAGCCCCUGUCUUGCUCUCCAGUUGUCAUUUUCAACUUUCUCUCAUGAAUGAAAUUACACAGUGGAGGAAUUCCUUUCAGAUCUGGGA